GAGUGAAUACCAGCGCUCUCUUCCAUCUUCGAUACCACGACUGAAGUGAGACCCUUGAGCAAGGCACCGAAUCCCCAACUGCUCCCCGGGUGCCGUUCACUGCUGUGUGUGUGCACUUGGAUGGGUUAAAUGCAGAGCACAAAUUCCGAAAAAAACGCCAGAGGUGCAUAUAUGCUUACCAUACAGUAUAGAAGAACUGGCCCUGAACAAAAGAGGGUUAAAUAACACACACUUAAAAGUACACACCCUUCACAGUCUACAGAUCUAUCACAGAGAUCCUUCAUAGCACAAGAAUGAAUCAUUCCUGCCAUUGUGUGUGCUGUGGAGUAUAAAAACUGUGCUUUAAAAGCAGCAGACGAUUUACUCCAACAAAACAUCUGCUUAACUUCUCUGAGAACACGCCAACCUCAAGACAUGUCUAAGCUGGAGAAAGCCAUUGUGGCCAUAGUGGAGGUGUUUGAGGAAUAUGCAGGGACAGAUGAGCAGAAAACCCAACUCAGUAAUGCUGAACUUGGACAGCUAAUCAAAGCCCAAAUUACCAGUCCCGAAUUUAAGGAUAAAGUGGAUCCAGACAAUAUUAAGGAGGCCAUGGAAGAGCUGGAUAAGAACCAUGAUGGUGAAGUGAACUUCCGUGAAUUCAGUCAGUGUAUUGCUGGCCUAGCCAAGGCCUACUACGCAAAGAAGCACGGCAAGGAUAAGUGCAGAGGAAGGGGCAGGGGUUGUCAGGAUAAGUGAACACACACAUCCUUAUACUCCUGAUGCACUAGACUCUUGCCUUCUACAAGAUGCCAAAGUACCUCUCUAUGAUGUGUAAUAAUGCUGCAUUUUAUAUGCUGUAAUACAGGCACAGUAAAAAAAAAAAAAAAAUGGUUUAAAAGGAUGGAUAGUCUUUUGUAAUGGCAUUUAGUAGUUCAUGUUGUGGGAAACAUUUCUCAACAGACAGUGUUGUGAAAAAUGCUUGUCAUGCCUAACGAACAAUAUAAUGUACAUUUUGCAGUAGUGUAAUCUAUAGUUUUCUGAACACCAAUAAAAUCUCUUGUCAUUA